AUAUAGAGAGAGGGAGGAGGGGAGGGAGGAAUAACAAGCACACAGAAGGACAGAGGUACUGUAAUCUGGAAGAAAGGGUUGAGAAACACGCACAGAAUUUGUGAUUCAAAAACAGGACUGACAAGUGUUUCCUGGUAUUUCUUUCUCUGCAACAACAUGGGUUUAAUUUCAACUGAAGACUCACACAGCUCUCCAGUUGUCAACAACCUGAGGAUUGUCCUGCUGGGGAAGACUGGAUCAGGAAAGAGCGCAACAGGGAACACCAUCCUGGGACGACAAGCUUUUACCUCAGGGAUUUCUCCAUCUUCUGUGACAGUGACAUGUAAAAAAGAAACUGGCCACUUUGAUAACAGAACUGUCAGUGUGGUCGACACCCCCGGUGUGUUUGACACAUCGAUAGGGGAUGGCCUGCUGAAAGGUGAAAUAGAGACAUGUAUCGUGCUGUCUGACCCAGGACCCCAUAUAUUCCUGCUGGUGAUCAGACUGAAUGUACCGUUCUCAGAAGAGGAGAAGAAUGCAAUAAAGUGGAUCAAGAACAACUUCGGUGAGGAAGCCUCCAAAUACACGCUGGUGCUUUUCACUAGGGGAGAUGAGCUCAAGGGGAAAUCCAUCCAGGAUUACUUAGACCAAAAUUCUGGCCUCUGGGAAGUCAUAAGUGGCUGUACAGCUGGGUACACUGUAUUUGACAACACAUCUAUGGAAAAUCGCACUCAGGUGGCUGAUCUGUUUGAACUGAUAGACAAGACAGUGCAGUUAAAUGGUAACUAUUACACCAGAAGCAUGUAUGAAGAGGCCCAGAGAAAGAAGAAUUCAAAGGAACGGUGGAGCAGGUUUGGAGGCUAUAUGAACACUGUGGGUAAUCAGUUGUUUGUGGCAGCAGUAGUCACAGCUGUAGUUAAUGCCCCUGUAGCUGGUGCUGCUGCUGCUGCAGCUACAUCCAUAAGACCAGUUUUAAUGGUCGCAGGUGCAGGAAUUUCUAAAGCCAUCAGUCGAUGGAUGAAACCGACAACAGACAGCUGAGUCAUUUCAAUCCACAAUCCUUUAGGCAAGCUUGUGAUGAGGAAGUACUAUCAAUCCCCAAGGGAAUUUUUUUUCUUCACACAUGGGCCUGUGUAUGCACAUAGAACCUAUACAUGCAUUAAAUGGAGAGAUGUCAAAGCAAGGGGGCUGUCCAUAUAUGGACGGGUGGUUUGGUGCCUUGCUCAGAAGCACCUUGCAGUUUCCAGCUACCAGUCCACACUCUAUAUUUGGUGUGGACGGGGGCUUGAGCUGGCAACCCUCCGGUUCCCAACCUAUUUCUCUAUGGAUUGAGUUACUUCCACCCCCGAAUAAUAAUGUAACAAGCUUUCAUACAUGAGUGCAAAUUCAGAUCUGAAAUGUUUUUUGUGUAAAGUUUAUUGUAUUUCUUUAUGUCAUUCAUGUACAUUCAUAUAUAUUAAUCACAGCUUGCCAAAGUUAACCUUUUGUGAGAAAUCUUUAAAAUGUUGAUGCUGCACACUCUGGUCCUGAAUAUUGUUUUGUGUGGAGAACAAAACAAUUGUGUAAUUGUUCUGUUUGAUUUUUAAGAAUAAAAUGAAACAAUGUGACAACAACUUCAAAAAGAGUGUUGUGUUGUUGUACCAAAAUCUAUAUCACAUGAAAUUCCAAGUUAGAGCUUGUAUGAUCUCCCUGUGUCAACAUGGGUUUUCUACUCCAGCUUCCUCCCACAGUCCAAAGACAUGCAGGUUAAUUGGUGACUCUAAAUUGUCCGUAGGUGUGAAUGUGAGUGUGAAUGGUUGUCUGUUUCUGUGUUAGCCCUGUGAUAGUCUGGCAACUUGUCCAAUGUCAGCUGGGAUAGGCUACAGCCCAGCUUUUUGUCUGAACUCACAAAGGACUUUACUUUUUUUUGAGCAAUUGUAAUAGUUCAUAUCUAACCUUUGCAUUUUGUUCACAUACUAAUUUGUACAAUGAUGGUGCGUCAGCGGCUUAGUGGAUAGAGCGCCCCAUGUGCAAAGGUUUCAAAGGUUUCAUCCUUGCUGCAGUUGCCCAGGUUCCCUCCAGCCUGCUGCGUGGCACUCCCUCUCUCUCCCCCCUUCACACUCAACUGUCCUAUCAAUUAAAGGCAAAACAACCAAAAAAUAAUCUAACAAAAAAAAAGUAGAAUGACAACAAAGCUCAGCAUUAAUCCUUCAGAUACAUUUGUUGCUGGAGCCUAUCCCAUCUGACAUUGGGCGAGAGGCAGGGUACACCCUGGACAGGUCGCCACAGGACUGACACAUAGAGACAGACAACCAUUCACGUUCAUAUUCACACCUAUGGAGAGUCACCAAUUAACCUGCAUAUCUGUGGACUGUGGGAGGAAGCUGGAGUACCUGGAGUAAACCCAUGCUGACAUGGGGAGAACAUGCAAACCAGGAACCCUCUUGCUGUAAGGCGACAGUGCUAACCAAUAUAAAACAUAAAUAUCAAGCCAUCAAAUGGGAAAUAUGGCCUGUCACAUAAUUUAAAUGUUACAUUUUUUAAUAUGAAGAGGAAAUGCCAGUGUUGAAUAUUUUACACCUCUGAUAGUGAGUCAUUAAAAACAUCACGCAAAGCUUUCUUCUACUGAACAAAGAAAUAGAUAUAGAAGAUAAAAAUCAGAAUUACUUUUCCAUAUGUAAUGAAAAUACACUGCAUUAAGAGGCUAGCAAAAAUGGAAAGUUUGAAAUUAUGUGGAAACUGUAAAUCUUCAGAAGAAUCCAUUUUUAUUAAUUUAUUUGUUCUUUCCGUUUGUGUAUAAAGCCUUAAUGUGACAGACCUGCAAAAUGUCUGAAACAGAGAUAGCUACACUCACAUGUCACUUUACAACCAUUUCAUAUUCCCAAAAGUAUCAGUGGAUCAGUGUUUGGACUACUUUACUGCAGCUAAUGGAACUCUGUGAUCGCUUUUUUCAUUGUACAAACAGUUUGUGAGGAAACGGGAUUCAGCUUCAUCGCUACAUUUAAAAGCUACAGUGCCCUUGCUCCAGUCAACAUGUGGCUGACACAGACUGGCCCACAGUUCACGAUUUUUAGGCCUUUCUUGGUCAUUUUGCCGUAGAUGAAAUGCUCCGGCAGGGAUGUGGCAGCAGUAUAGUGAGGGGGUCGCUCUGUUAAGAAUGCUUCCUUAGUGAAAUGUGAUCAGCAGCCGGACGUUUACCAUUGUCUUUCAUUUCCUUUAGGGAAGUGAGCUCAUAAUGUUGCUAAGAAUAAAGCGAGGGAAACUGCACGUCACAGUAAUGAACCUGCAUGAACAUUUUAUCUGAGCAGUUAUUGCAUAAGUUAUGAGAGUAUAAAUUGUGUAAACAAGUAGCACAAUAUGUCAAUACAUUCAAACAUUAUUUACAGCCCAGUCACCAGAGGAAAAUGUUGGCAUUGUAUGUGUCUGCAAACCAUGAAUAUGUUACAUUUACACACUUCAUUCAUAUCAUAUUACCAUUUCUAAAAUGACGUCACAUUGUUGAAUUUAUCAUUUGGGGGUGGAGGGGAUGGUGGGUUGCGUGAUGCCUGGGCGAGACGCCUGCCAAGCUGCAGACCACUGCUAGAGACCAACAAACAAACAACAACAACAAAAAAAGGUUGUGAUUUCAUUACUGUGUUUCCAGCAG